AUGUCGGCGGGAAGAUACGUGAGAAACCCGAAUUACCAUCCUUCAGAUGACAGUUCGUCUGAUGACGACUCUGAAUCUGUUAGUUCGGAAGAAAAUGAAACGUUGACGGAGAAAACGGCGAAAAAGAAGUCAAAAGAAGGUUAUGAAAUGUCGUCUUUGCGUAUUAAUCCGUUGAUGUUAGUUGACCAAUUCCCAGAAGAUCCAACAAUGGAAAUAGCAAGAGAAUUUUGGGUAGAUUGGAUUGCAAUGCUGAAGCGACUUUUUAAAUUGAACCCGAAAGCAUUUAACUCGGAUGAAAUACAGAUUACAAUUCUUGUUACUCGAGGUGGAGCAUUUUUACGAAAUAUUCUAGCAAACUCAGAGCAUGAAUUCCCGGAAACAUUUGAUGAAGCAGUCGAUCGUAUUGAACAAUUUUUGAGAGCCAAUUCUAAUGCUUUGGCUGAUGAAGCAAAUUUUGGAACAUUGAAACAAGAAGGUGGAGAGACGUUUCAGAAGUUUACAGACCGGGUUCAAAAGAAAGCUCGCGUUUUUCGUCUCGAGGAAAAUCGUGUGAUUGCGCAAAUAACUCAAGGUGCAAAGCAAAGCGACAAGUUAAUGGAUUUCGGAAUAAGAGGAAAGACGUCAUUGGUAGAGUUAAUUGGAUACGGAAAUCAGUUGGAAGUUUUGAUGCGCGACAAAAAAGCUGAAGCGGGAAAAGAAAAUUUGCUUGCUAGUGAAAUUAAUGCUUUUGUCAUGGAAAUGAAUCCUGGGUUAUGCUAUGCUCAAUGUCAAUUAUGUGAUGUUACAGUGACUAUGUUAAUCGACUCUGGUGCAACUUUAAAUAUUAUUCCUGAAGAUGUAUGGCUUGAAAUAAAAAGUUUAAGCGUAGCGGACGGAGAAAAGGGAUGUGCACGGAAUAUUUCUUAUAACUCAAAUCGGAGAAUUGAAGCUUUCGGUGGCUCGUUGAUUGAUGUGUUAGUGACAUUUUGGACUUGGAUAAAAGUUUUGCAUUCAGAUAAGCCUCAAGUAUUUGCACAAUUCUUUGUUGUUCGAGCGGUGAAAAAGAAUUACAUCGAGGAAAAUACACAGAUGGAAGUAUGCGAAGAUAAUAAUAUGAACAAAAAUACGUCAGAGCAGGAGGAGGCAUUGGCAGGAAGAAAUUUGCGUGAUCGAGCUAAGUUGAAAGCGCCUGGAAAGCUUGCAUAUAUGACAAAACUUCAAGAUUAA